ACAAAAGGCGCGAAGUUUGACUUGAGGGAGGAAAAGUAGGUGGUUGGGACUUGGGAGUAACAGGCGGAAAGUUGGGAAAAUAGAGAUAGCAGGAAGGGAAUGGGGAUUCUCCGGGGAUGCUGAGAUGUGAAGAGUGGGUAGUAUCUUUACCAUUCACACCCACCCACCCACUUUCUUAUAGCUCGAUGGGAGUUUUCGCCUCGCUCUCUGUUCAGGUGAUGAAGACUUUUUCUGCACUCCUUAUACCCCCAUCACCUGUCUGGGGCGCGGGGGAUGCCCGGAUGGGUGUGGCGUUGUGAAUUUUCACUAUUAUUAUAAUAUUUCAAUGUACGUCCGCACCGAUUAGUACUGAAUGCAGCUUGUUACUUUCAGCAGAAUAACAAAGAGCCUUUUGUAUCAUAGAUGUCCCAUUAUCGAGUUGUGCUAACACUAGUAUAACACAGCACGCACGCGUCGCCCCAACAGUCGUACAGCUACAUGUACAAACGUAGGCGGCUGCGCAUUCGAACCCCCUAACAUUGUGUUAUAUGUUCCGUGUUUAUACUUGAUGUCCAACAUCCUGGUCCAGCCGAGUUAGACCUUCACAAGGUGGUGUCUGUGUCUGUGUCCCGCUAUCAUGGCGGCCGUCCGCGUGUUUGAGCUUGUGUUUGUUCUCCUGAUGUUGGGCGGACGGACAGCUUCUGUUCAUGACGGGCCUCUCCUGCUGCUGGUCUCCUUUGACGGGUUCCGGUACGACUACCUGGACAGGAGUCAGGACCGGGUUCAGCUCCCCAGCCUGGAGUACCUCAUACAGACAGGCGUCCGUGCGAAGUGGGUCCACAACACCUUCGUGACCUUCACCUUUCCGAACCACUUCAGCCUGGUGACUGGGCUGCACGCCGAGACCCACGGGAUGGUGGCCAACCACAUGUACGACCCGGACCUGCACCAGCAGUUCCACAUGUACCUCAACAACGAGCCCAAAUGGUGGGACGUCGGGGCCGAACCCAUCUGGAUAACCAACCAGAGGUGUGGAGGAAAGAGCGGCGUCUUCAACUGGCCUGGGAUGGAGGCGCGGUUCAACGGUACUCUGCCUUUUAGAAGCAUUCCUGAGUACAACGAAUCCAUCCCUUAUGAGCAUAGAAUAGAGACGAUGAUUCGGUGGUUCACAGACGAAGAAAACCCCAUAAAUCUGGGCGUCCUGUACUUCGAGGAGCCUGAUGAGGUUGGGCACAAGUACGGUCCGGAUUCUCCUGAGUUGGACGAGGCUUUAGAGAUGGUGGACCGGACAGUUGAGUACCUUAUAGAGCUGUUACAGUCGGCAGGGCUGUUUGAGAGAAUGAACCUGAUCAUCACGAGUGACCACGGGAUGGCGGAGACGUCCGUGGACAGAGUGAUUGAGCUGGACCGUUACCUGGACCCCAGCACCUACCUGUGGGUGGACAAAUCGCCUGUAACGGCCAUCUGGCCUCUGGAACACGGAGUGGACAGAGAGUACAUCUUUGCUGCAUUAGAUGAUGCCCACCCCAACCUACAGGUGUACUACAAGGAGGACAUCCCUGCCCAGUACCACUACAGACACAACAGGAGGAUCAUGCCUGUCAUCGCAGUGGCAGAUCCUGGCUGGACCAUCGUGCAGAACAUCAGCACUGCUGUCGUCGAAAAAGGUAGCCAUGGUUACAACAACAGCUACCUUCCUAUGAACCCCAUCUUCGUCGCCCACGGACCAGCCUUCCGCACCAACCUCCUGUCUGAACCCUUCAAUAACGUGGACAUCUACCCGCUCAUGUGCCACAUCCUGGGCAUCACACCUCUGCCCAACAACGGCUCCAUCGAUAACACCGCCUCCAUUGUGAAGAGGCAGAAGGGGUGGUGGUCUCCAUCGCCGAGGUCAAUGUCCGGCAUUGCAGGUACCCUUGGCCUGUUGCUGAUGUUGGUGGGCUGUAUCGCCGGCUGUGGGUACUACUCACAGAAGAGAGAACAGACAUCCGGCAGACACUUACAGUACUCCAUCAUCGGCUAUGAGAUGGAAGACUAUAGCCUUGGAGAACCGUUAGUAGAUAGUAAAAGAGAAGUGUAGAAACAUGUCGUAUGAAUUUUAGUGUUUAUGACACCAAAGUACACCGUUCUCUUAUUACAUUCAAUCAAACAAUAUCAUUCAUUGGAUAUGAACAUUUCCGCUGAAUGUAUAUUAUAUUCUGAUAUUACAUGUAUUGACCAUCAAACCAAAAUCAUACCUCUAGCUCUUGAUUCGUGUCGCCAGAUGUUUGAACUAGUGAACACGGCAGCCGAUUCGGAGCCUGGCACAGCGGCUUGAGGGAAGCUAAGCAAACAAACCACAUGUCAUGUUGUAAUGUCUUGCAAUUGCGUGUAUUCAAGAUGAAUCAUCACUGUUUGCUUCUCAAACCAAAGUACCUUUUAGCGGUACUGAAUCAACUGCCAUGUUCACUGUGUGUGGCGUUGCGGAAAAGUAUUUACCUGGCGACAAGAACCAAGAGCUGUAAGUGUGAUGAUCUUGGAUGGUUUGGUGUUCAACAACUUCAGAAGGUUGUUAACUUGGUGCAAAUGUCAAUGCUCAUUGAUUGAUAAGGUUAUUGUUGUAGACAGUCAGAAAAUGUUGUAUGUUUGUGUCAAUGGCACUUUUUAAAAAGUACUUUACAUAUUGCGUAUCUUAUUUGUUCGAACUUCGGUUUCAACUAGAUGUAGAUCAUUUUUCAAACUAUAAAAGUGUGGAGGAUUAGAGGUUGUAAAAGUACAUUUAGAAAUUCUUAUUUGUAAAGGAUUUUGACAGCGGGAGAUAAAGGUUACAUGCUGUAAACAAGGCAUGGCAUAGGAAAUGUGCCACUCGUGCAAAGUCAUAUUCUUUGUAGAUAAAAGUACAAAAACUUUACGAGAUUUAUAAGUUAUCGCCCAACCGCCCAGCAUUAUGAAUAAUAUGUUUUUGUCACAUCUAAGACAUCAGUUCUGAAUUUGGCUGAAUUUGGUUAUGUUGUCUGUAAUGAUGUAACC